CCUUCGGACUCGGGCUUUGCACACAAUGGUCAAACGCACAGCAACCGAGCUCCAGGCAACAACAUCUGCUGACACCGCACCGAGGAAAGUACCGCGUGGGAGCGAGCGUAAGGAGAAUGUCGCUCGAGAAGAGGAAAUGGGCAAGUUUGAGGACGACUGGGAGGACGAGUACGAGAGCGAUGAGGAAGUAGUCGACGACGACGAGACAGAGGAGAGGCCCGAUGCAAUGGAAGUCGACGAGGUCAUGCCUGCCAUUGAAGAGUCCGACGAAGCACCACCCGCGUCGGACGUUUUCAUUGCUGGUGUCCAUAGGCUCGAACAGGAUGAAAUCCUGGAACCAGACGAAUCUGUGUACAUUAUGCGACACUCCAUGAAUGUCAACUGGCCAUGUCUAUCCUUCGACGUCCUUCGGGACAACCUGGGUGAUCAACGCCAACGAUUCCCCGCUACUGCCUACAUCGUAGCAGGCACACAAGCGGAUGCGGCCAAAAAUAACGAGCUAUCUGUAUAUAGAAUGAGCUCCUUGCAACGGACGCAGAAGGAUCCUGAUGCGUCCGAUGAAGAGGACGAUGACGACGACGAUACACUAGACGAGGAUCCGAUCCUAGACUUCCGAUCCGUCCCUCACUUCGGUGGUGUUAACCGAGUCAGAGCGCAACCUUUGCCGUCCUCAUCUGCCCUGCCGCCAGUGUCUCAGCCGUACUAUGUUGCAAGUUGGGCAGAAACGGGCAAGGUGCACAUCUGGGACGUACGACCGCUCAUUGAGGCGCUGGACGUUCCUGGCUAUUCUCCAGACAAGUCACGAACCCACAGUCCAGCCUUCACCAUCGCUUCCCAUGGCCGUGCAGAAGGAUUCGCGAUGGACUGGGCAUCAUCCGGCGAAUCCAACCCCUCCGCCUUGCGACUUCUCACAGGAGAUGUCCAGGCAAAAAUCUACCUUACGACGACGACCCCCUCAGGUUUCAAUGCGCUGUCGCAGCCGUUUGUCUCGCAUACGUCCAGCGUGGAAGACCUUCAAUGGAGCCCGACAGAGGCCACUGUCUUUGCCUCGUGCUCGGCCGACCAGAGCGUCCAGGUUUGGGACGUGCGAAGCAAGGGCCGACGGAGUGUAGCGGGCAUUGAGCGGGCGCACGAGGCGGACGUGAACGUCAUCAGCUGGAAUCGCUCAACGGCGUACCUUCUACUCAGCGGAGGCGAUGAAGGUGGCAUUAAAGUAUGGGACUUACGAAACGUCAAGAAGAAAGGGACGUCCGCCCCAGACCCUACGCCUGUGGCCACUUUCAACUGGCACCGGGCGCCGGUCACUUCCAUUGAAUGGCACCCUACGGAAGACUCUAUCUUUGCUGCAUCGGGGGCAGACGAUCAAACCACGCUGUGGGACCUCGCGGUGGAACAGGACGACGAAGAGACUGGGGCAAUGCAGGAGAUGCCAGGAGGCGGGCAUCACAUACCCCCUCAGCUUCUCUUCGUGCACCAAGGCCAGAAGGAUGUUAAGGAAGUUCACUGGCAUCCGCAGAUACCGGGCACGGUCAUUAGCACCGCACUAGAUGGUUUCAAUGUAUUCAAGACCAUAUCUGUCUGAUGUGAAUUGUAGAGCAUCAAUUCAAUGCACUUGCCGCGGAUGGAAUAGUCAGCAGGCCUUCUUGUCUCAACGAGUACCGUGGCAGAGUGAACGGGUGAGGAUGCUGUUCCGAUGUCCAGUGCCAAUGACAUAGAUAGCCUUGUGCUUGUGCUACUUUUACUCUAUGGCUAUUUAUAAAUGGUCUCGUCUAUU